AUGCAGAUCUUCAACCUCAUUUGCGGCCUGCUAGCUAUCGCCAGCACCGUUGUAGCUGCCCCCGCUGCUCGCUGUGAUUCCUCAGAGCCGUCGACGACAGGUAUCGAGUCGCUCCUGCAGCGCCGAUUGCCGCAGCAUGCGGACAAAUUCGAGUUUGGUAUUGUGAAUGCAACCUCGCUCGGAGAGAAUGACGUUUAUGUCGUAUCGAAUGGGGAGAAUGGGAAAAUUAAGGUUGAGGGUAGUUCGUUGAGUGCGUUGGCUACAGGAUUGCAUCGCUAUCUGGCUGAUGUUGCGCAUGUCGAUAUCUACUGGUUUAUUGGCAGCCGUCUUGACCAAAUUGCCGGACAACUCCCAAAGGUCAGCGAGACCUUGACGGGAUCUAGCGUUGUGCCGUAUCGAUAUCACUUCAACACUGUAACAACAUCCUACACUGCCGCAUUCUGGUCCUGGGAAGACUGGGAACUCCAACUCGACUGGAUGGCGCUUCGCGGCGUAAACCUGCCUCUGGCCUGGAUCGGCGUCGAAAAGAUCUUCAUCGAAGUCUUCCAAGAGCUUGGACUGACCGACGCCGAGAUCGCUGAUUUCCUUAGUGGCCCUGCGUUCCUUGCAUGGAAUCAUUUCGGUAAUAUUCAGGGAUCGUGGGGCGGUUCGCUACCCUAUUCAUGGGUUGAUAGUCAGUUCGACUUGCAGAAGAAGAUUGUCCAGCGUAUGGUUGAGUUGGGUAUGACGCCCAUCCUGCCUGCAUUCCCGGGGUUUGUGCCGAGAGCAAUUACAAGGGUGCUUCCUGAUGCGGAUGUUAUUAAUGGUUCUGCGUGGGAGGCGUUUCCAACGUUGUAUACGAACGACGCAUUUAUGGAGCCCACGGAUCCUCAUUUUACCGAGAUUCAGAAGAGCUUUAUUUCCAAGCAGACUGCGGCAUAUGGAGACGUCACCACAUUCUACACACUGGAUCAAUUCAAUGAGAAUAACCCGUCCUCUGGUGACUUGAGUUAUUUGAAAAAUGUCAGUUCCGGAACCUGGCAAGCGCUCAAAGCCGCUGCCCCAAACGCUACAUGGGUUAUGCAGGGCUGGCUGUUUUCGAGUAACUCUGCAUUCUGGACCAACGACCGCGUUGAAGCGUACCUUGGCGGUGUGACCGUUAACUCAGAUUUGCUGAUUCUAGAUCUCGCGUCUGAGUCGCUGCCGCAGUGGCAGCGCACAAACUCUUACUUCGGCAAGCCCUGGAUAUGGUGCCAGAUCCAUGACUAUGGCGGUAACAUGGGAUUCUACGGGCAGGUCAUGAACAUCACCGUCAACCCGAUUGCCGCGCUGAACAAUGCAACGACCUCUCUUGUCGGAUUUGGUCUUUCCAUGGAGGGACAGGAAGGUAAUGAGAUUGUCUACGAUCUUUUGCUCGAUCAGGCCUGGAGCGCGACGCCGAUUGACACAGCCACAUACUUUCAUGACUGGGUUGCCGCGCGAUACGCUGGCAGCAAAUCUAUCCCCACCGACGUCUACAACUCAUGGGACCUUCUGCGAACAACCGUCUACAACAACACCAACCUCGCCUCCAACGCCGUCCCCAAGGCAAUCUUCGAACUGAUCCCCAGCGCAACUGGCCUUGUGAAUCGAACAGGCCACCACCCAACAACCCUCAACUAUCACCCAGCCGACAUGGUCAAAGCAUGGAGUCUAUUCUACAAUUCAGCCUUCAAGGAACCCUCUCUCUGGCUGAAUCCAGCCUAUGAGUUUGAUCUUGUCGAUAUGUCUCGCCAGGUGUUGGCAAACGCCUUUAUUCCAGUCUAUCAAGAACUCGUUGCGGCAUGGAACACCUCCACUCCAUCAACAACCAAAAUCCAGACCAUCGGCGCAGAGCUCAUCGGUAUCUUGACCGCCGUCGACACAAUUCUCAGCACAAACGAGAAUUUCAAACUGUCAACCUGGAUCUCUGCCGCGCGCACAUCCGCGGGCCAACAGAAUCUAGAAGAUUUCUUGGAGUACGACGCUAUUAACCAAAUCACUCUCUGGGGCCCCGCGGGCCAGAUUAGCGAUUAUGCUUCCAAGUCCUGGGCUGGACUCGUAUCGUCGUACUACAUUCCGCGAUGGGAGAAGUUCAUUGAUUAUCUGGUCGACACAAGACCGGCGCAGUAUAACCAAACAGCUUUCAAUGCGGAGUUGUUGAAGUGGGAGUUGCAAUGGCAGAACGAGACUAUUGCUGCUGCUACGAAGAACGGUGCAGAGGCUAAAGUCGCUGGAGGUGUGGAGGGGGUACCGCUCUUACUGUUCCUCACAAUCGUGCUCGCAGGACUCAUGGCCAUGAGCGAAUCACUAGCCACAGCAAAACGGAGCACAGAAUCGUACUUGACAUACUCUACGGUGAAAGGCUAUUUCCUGCAGGACGAGGAGGAUACAGAUUCACGCAAUUUCGACUAUGUUGCGACUAAUUUCGGCCUCAUAAAUCGGACUUAUGAUUAUGAGGGGCAAUUAUCUGCACGACAUGAAGGACACGAGGAUGAAGCUGAGCCAACGACGCAAUGGUCUCGCUUCGAGCGACAAGUUCGCACUUUAAAUGAACAAGCAGACCCAAAUGUGGCGUACAAAGUCCUCUACCUCGGCCGACAUGGCGAGGGCUUCCACAACGUUGCGCAGAGCUGGUAUGGCGAUGAUGCCUGGGAUUGCUACUGGUCACUCCAAGAUGGCAACGAGACAUCAAUCUGGUCUGAUGCCCGACUCACACAAGUCGGAAAGUCGCAAGCCCAGACCGCGCAUGAUGCAUGGCAGAAACAGAUUGAGCAGCAAGUCCCGUUUCCGGAGAUGUUUUACGUUAGUCCAUUGAAUCGGUGUUUGGAGACUGCAGCGAUUACGUUUCGGGGACUGGAGAAGGAGGUUGUGAGACCCUUCAGGCCGACGGUUAAGGAGUUGGUACGAGAAACCAUUGGUAUACACACCUGCGACCGCCGCUCCAGCAAAACUGCCAUUCAAGAAGAAUACCCAGACUACAUCAUCGAAGAAAGCCUCACCGAAAACGACGAACUCUGGCAUCCCGAAGAGCGCGAAUCAGACUCUGCGCACAACGCUCGCUUGAAGAAAUUCCUCGACGACAUCUUUGCAGCCAACACAGACAACACAUUCAUCUCCAUCACAGCGCAUUCAGGCGCCAUAACCUCUAUAUUGGAUGUCGUCGGGCAUAGACGAUUCGAACUACAGACUGGCGGCGUUAUACCGGUUCUCGUAAGGGCGGAGAGACUGCCGGGAAAGGAGCCGGAUAGAAUUAUUGAGCCUCCCACGGGCGUGCCGGCAUGUAAGAGUGAUCCGUUGGCGGCUGGAGGGAAAGGGCCGUUACAGGUUAGAGAGGUAGUUGAGGUAUAA